UAUUUAAAAAAAAAUCACUGAACAAGUUGUGGAGAGAAUUCGUUGAAAUCAUACGCUUUAUUUCCCUGCUCUGCGAGAACAGAAGUAUCUUUAACAUGGCAGCAGUCGAAGCAAUGAAGAAAAAGUGCGAGUUUGGGGACAAAUGUUAUCGUAAAAACAAGAAACACAGGGAGGAAUUCUCACAUCCAGGGGACGAAGAUGAUAAAGCUGCUGCACCUUCAAAAACACGUAUUGUCCAUGCUAUUAGCGGUUCUGAUGACGAGGUCCCGUCCAUGAUAAGGCGAAGCUCAAAACGGAAGGCAGAAGAAGAAGCAAAAUCUACUUCCUCUACCCCACCAGAUACCCCAAAACCCUCCUCAUCCAAUCCCACAAAGCCACCGACCACCAGCAAACCACCACCAGCAAAAAAACAAAAAGUCGAUACUUCUGAAGAAGAAAAAAUCGCAGUUGACUACAGUAAAGGGAAAACUAAAAAAGCUAAUUCAAAAGCCCCAGAAGCAGCGGGCAGCUCAAAAAAUGAAAACAAGAAAAAUAACUCUCCACCUAAAAUUAUCAAAUAUCAGGAGAAACGGCAAAAGUGCAAGUAUUGGGCCAAAUGUUAUCAGACAAGCGAUACACAUAAAGAGCAAUUCUACCAUCCUAAAGAUGAAGAAGAUAAAGAGGAAGAGAAAAACACAAGAAGUAAGUCAUCAUCAGAAGAAUCUCUCAAUCCUUUGGAAGAUGGGGACACAGUGGAGUUCAAUACAGGCUAUAAGCUCAAACGAGAAGACGAUAUUUACUCAUGCACGUGUAAGGGGUUUCUUAUCCAGAGGGCGCCUAUAAAUGAAAGGACAUGCAAACAUUUAAAAGAAUAUCUUGGUGAGGAGUUUGACCAAAAGAGGCUUGAGGCUAGCAAGAAGCCAAAAAAGCCAUCAAUAAAAUCACACAUACAAGUCAGUGUUCUAUUGGCCAAGAAAUAUGAUGAAACUAAAAAUAAUCCAGUUGGCUGGUGGAUCAGUGAAAAGCUAGAUGGUGUGAGGGCCAUAUGGACUGGAAGUUGUUUUUACUCCAGACUAGGAAAUGCUUUUUACGCACCUGAUUGGUUUACAAAGGAUUUACCUAAAGAUAUUUAUCUGGAUGGAGAGUUGUUUGGUGGCAGAGGUCAAUUCCAGUCCACAGUCAGCAUUGUAAAGACUGCUGAAAGUCCCAAGUGGAAAGACAUCAAAUACCAUGUGUUUGACUCACCACGAAUGGGAAAGGAAACUUUUGAGAAGAGAAUGAACAUUAUUAAGGAUUACUUUGAAGAGCACCAACCAGAAUAUGCUGUUUUUGUUGAGCAAGUCAAGUGCAAAAGUAAAGAACAUUUAGAGGAAAAAUUAACCAAAGUUCUCAACAUGGGAGGCGAAGGGUUAAUGAUUCGCAAACCUUUGUCUAAAUAUGAAGCUACAAGGUCGGAUACACUCCUCAAGAUAAAGAAGUUUUAUGACGCAGAGGCCAUUGUCAUAGGACAUGAAGACAGUAAAUCUAACCCUGGCCUGUGUGGAGCACUCAGAUGUCGCAUGGCUUGUGGGAAGGAAUUCUCUGUUGGGUCAGGGUUAAACAAUAAGGAUAGAAGAAACCCACCAAAGAUUGGGACCAUCAUUACUUACAAAUUUCAAGAAAUUACCAAAGGUGGCUCACCUAGAUUCCCUACUUAUGUUGGUAUACGAAUAGACAUGACAGAACCCAAGGAUGCUGAAAUUAGGGAGGUUAUGGACGAAGAUGAUGCUUGAAGCAAUUAUAGACCUUAUACCCCCAAUCAAUAUCUAGAUGUGAUAUUUUAAGUCAUACACUUAUGCUAACUUUGGCAAUAUUAUGAAAUGUAAUAAUGAAUUUGUACAUUUCUAAAGACUUUGUUGGCUGAGUUUUGUGACAAGCCAAAAAUGAAAUUUAAAUGCAAUUAAUGUUUAGAUAGACAUGAAAGAAAAUAAUGCAUUUGUGUGUGUUUUAAACCAAAAGGCAGCACAAUUUGUAUGUAUGUGAAAUAUGUAUUUUUUUUCUAUUUAUUGUCACAUGUAAAAUAGUCUAAGCAUAAAGUGUGAUAUAAGGCAGUAUUUAUUUUUUAUUG